UUCAGGGACGCGUCAGGACCAAGACGGUUAAGAAGGCCGCCAGGGUCAUCAUCGAGAAGUACUACACGCGUCUGGGCAAUGACUUCCACGUCAACAAGAGGGUGUGCGAGGAGAUCGCCAUCAUCCCCAGCAAGCCUCUCCGCAACAAAAUUGCAGGGUACGUGACACAUCUGAUGAAGCGCAUCCAGCGGGGUCCGGUCAGAGGAAUCUCCAUCAAGCUGCAGGAGGAGGAGAGGGAGAGAAGGGACAACUACGUCCCUGAGAUUUCUGCCCUGGACCAAGAGCUCAUUGAGGUGGAUCCAGACACAAAGGAAAUGCUCAAGAUGCUGGACUUUGGUGGCCUCUCCAACCUUCAAGUUACUCAGCCAGUCAUUGGCAUGAACUUCAAAACACCAAGAGGAUUAUAAGAUCAUGUUAGACAACUAAAUAAAGAGAAUUAUUAAAAA